UUUUGUAAAUCGCUAAAAAGAAAUGUCGUGUUUUGUGUUUGUGUUUGAAUUUUGGGGUCUGGCUGUCAGAGAGGUAGAAGAAAUUAAUGAGAGAUAAUACGAACUGCCGAUGCUGGAGUCAGAGAUAACACAGUGUGGAGCGAGAGGAACACAGCAGGGCCAGGCAGUAUCAGAGGAGCAGGAUGUUACAGUCUGUCAUUCUCCAGCAAUAACUGCUGAAACUGAGCCAUGCUUCGUACACCACGCAGGAAAUCCAAGACACCUUUACCACUGGGAAAGGAGAGCAUCCGUCCCUUUCUAAAGGGGAAUGAUGAAAAUCCACCAACCACUGCAGUUUUGGACAAAAGGCCUCAUCCUGAGAGAAGGAGACCUCUCACUGAAUGGAAUCGCUCAACCAGCACAGGUAAAGUGCCAGCAGUAGCCCCGGGCAAGGUUACAGUGAACAGUGACGAAGACAGAGUCAAAGAAUUCACAUUCAACUUACAGAGUAAUGGCAUCGAGCAUGUGGCAAAAGGGAAACCCAAUGAAAGUGUUUAUUCCGUUCUCAUGUCUUCUGUCGUUUUCAAGAAAGAACAAGAGAAAAGUGAGGGCAAGACAUUCCAUUUAAUCGGGAAAAGGGGAUUAAUGGGUGCCAUCAAUCUAGGAAUGCCGUGUAAAUGUCUGCCAGAGAAGACCCAUUUCGAAGUGAUAUUUUACCGGGUUAAAGGUGAGUUAUGCUAUCGGGAUGAGGACUCUUCAGGCAAGCAGUGUGUUGUAUUCCAUGUCAAGAGCACUGGAAAGACGGGAGGCGAUCUUCAUACAGGUUCAAAACUUAUCAGCAAGUGUGGGUCCCUGCGAAAAGACGGACAUGACAUGUGCGUUUAUGCUUUUGAAGGUGAGACCAUUCGAGAGGCUCUGUGCAAGGACGGGAGGUUCUUGCCCAUCAUUAAGCAGAAUGUAUGGAGCCUGGUCGAAGGGCACAGAUGUCUGCAGUUCACCCUCACUGUCAAUGACCUCCGUGAUAAAUGUUUUGAAGUUCAAGUGAGCAAUGAAAAGUAUAAGGCAGGAAACAAGAAUGAUGAUAAUAAUGACAAUGCUAGCCCCAGGGAGAGACAGGAGCAGGACAGUGUGCCAGGAGAAGGGAAUAUGCUGCAUUGUGAGCUGAGAAAGCAGGUUGAUGAACGUUUGGGAAAGAAAAAAGGCAAGAAGCAUUUCCGUAAAGAAUGGAAUCUGCUCAAGAAAGAAUUUGGAAAGAUCACAGCUGAUGGAGUUCCCAUUACAGUCCAUGAAAUGCUAGUGCGAUUGAGUGAGUCUGUUGGAUUUGUCCAAUGGGAUAACAAUGGGAAUCAAGGGACUGCCUCUUGCUUCUACCUUGGUAAUAGUUACAUUCUGACAUGUUUCCACGUGGUGAAGAUGAUGGUAGGAGAUGGUGUGCCUGACAAUGAGUGGAAGACCAUUAUAGAGAAGGCCAUGACAAUAAACUUCAGCUACAAAGAGAAGCAGCAGCCUGUCAAUGGCUGGUAUAACAUUGAACCGUGGUUUGAAGUGUCUAACUCAGAACUUGACUACGCAGUGCUGAGAUUGAAGAUCCCCAACGGUCAGCCAUCUGUUCUACCUUCAGGUUUGUGGCAAACUAAAAACUGCCCUCCUUGGAAUGGAAUGGUCUACAUUAUAGGUCAUCCUGAUGGUGUUUGCAAAUCCUCUGACACUUGUUUCGUUAUCCCUAUUCAACAGCGAAAUAUUCAAUACUACAUGCAGGUUUUCAGGAGAUACACUUUCACAGAAAUCCAAAGUUCAGACAGGAUCACCUACAACAGCUGCUUUUUUAAUGGUGCCUCCGGAUCCCCUGUGUUCAAUUCCUCUGGUGAGCUGGUGGGAAUGCAUGCUGCAGGAUAUGAAUAUAAAACUGGCACUCAGAGAAACAGCGUGAUCGAAUAUGGUCCAACCAUUAAAGCCAUCACAGAUCACAUGAAGAUUCAUCAUCCAGGAUUCGAUUUCACUGGUCAAGUUCAUACCCAGGAUGACCAGAACAUCCCGUUCAAUGAUGAAGCAGACAUUCCAAUGGAUGUUGAGUAAAAGGAAGAGAAGCAGAUAAUCCAAUAAACCCUUAAAGCCUGCUCUGCCAUUCAAUAUGAUCAUGGUUGAUCAUCCAGUUUUGUAUCCUGUUCCCUGCAUUGUCCCCAUACUCUUUGAUCCCUUUUAUCCAAAGAGCUAUGUCUAACUCCUUCUUUAACACAUUUGAUGUUUUUACCUCGUUUGCUUCUGUGACAGAGAAUUUCACAAGCUCACCACUCUCUGGGUGAGCAAAUUUCACUUUAUCACUCUCCUAAAUGGCCUACCUCAUAUCCUUAGCUGUGACUCUUUUUUCUGGGCUCCACAGUCACUGGGAACAUCCUGCCUGAAUUUACCCUGUCUUGCCUUGUUAGAAUUUUAUAGAUUUCUGUGAAACUCCUGCCUAAUUCUUCUAAAUUCCAGUGAAUAAAGUCCAAUCCAGUCUCUCUUCAUACGUAUGUCAUGUCAUCCCUGGAAUUAGUCUGAUAAAAAUUCUCUGUCUGCUUUCCAAACAAUGUCCCUCUUUGUUUCUUUUUGUUCGUUGGCCCUUCUAUUUUAAUGUGCUGCUUGAUCAUAGCUCUCUGACCAAGCUUACGGUCACCCACAGUCAAAACAGGAAGCUAUUUAGCCCAUCGAGACCAUGUCAGCAAUCUGCAGGGCAAUCCAGACAUCCUCUUCCCCCUCUUCCAUCCAUGUAGAUCUGAAAGUUUAUUUUCCUCAAGUGCUUUUCCAACAUUCUUUUUAAAAUCGCUGAUCACUUCCACCUCUACUGACCUCACAAACUGCAGAUACCAGGUCAGUAAAAAAAGACAAAGUCAAAGUUUCCAUAGCCCCCAAGGACCAUAGGCUGCUCGCUCAAUUAAAGACAGAUGACUGGUAGUGAUUUAACCAGGUCACUAUCAGUCACUUGUUCAACACUCAAACAAAGUCUUCACCUACUCCCUACAUCUUGAUUCCAUAACCUUAUUGUUGUUAGGAGAAAUAUCAGAGGAGUUUUAACUCCUGUGUGCCUUAGCACAAGCGAUCUUCGUUCAGAGUUCUGUUACUACUUAUGUGGGAGAGGCCAGGGACCACUCUAAAUCUGGCUUUCACGUGGGGCACAGUUCCUUUCUUAAUUACAGCUCAGAUGCCGGAGGGUCAAUGGCAUUCUGAAAUCCCCAGUGAAAUACAACAUCUUUAGACCUUUCGCAUUGCAAUAAUUACAUGCAACAUUUUGGUCAUUGUUAGCCACAUCUACCUGAUCUAUACAUUCAAUCCAGUGAACACACGAUCAGUGACAGAAAACUCUAUGGACAGCCCUAGAUCCUCCCAUAAUCACAUGAUGCCUACCAGCUACCUCCAUCAUCUGUCUUUGGGGUCUUAGAAUGCUUCUGACAGUUAUAGUCCUUCCCAGACAUUUGUCAGCUGCACCACAUUAUUUACCACUACUCCAAAGUGUUGUUUUCCAGUAAAACUCUUCCAAAUUUCGUACUAACUUUAGUAUGGCAGGUUAGAAAGGAUAGUACUUUCUACCAAUUGUUAUAAAGUCUUUAAAGUCAAUUCUAAUUAAAGUUACUGUGACACAGCUGACAAGUUGAGAACAACCCCUCUCUCACUUCAGCCUGAGAAAUCAAACAGUGGUCCUUCUGACUUGCAACUGGAGUUCAUGGCCCCUGCUAUUUACAUCCUGUAAGUGGAUUUUAAACUAAAGUUUAAUUUUUAAGUAAAUCUUUACUGUUUCCACUCUGAACACUUUCCAAUACUAAUUAUCUUUUCUUAAUAAAAUAUGUAUAUUUGGAUUCCACUGAUGAAGGUGAAAUUCAGCCACGUUACAACUUUACCAAGCCAUUAAACGAAACUUGUUUAGAUUCCACAAACAAUCAUGCCUUCACUCUGUAUUUUGUAAUCUGUCUUUGUCACUCUUCCUUUGAUCUUUGGAUGUAAGAAUUUGUUCGAAUUAUCUACAUUUGCACUUAAGUUUCAAUUGUUUAUCUCUCCCCAUCAUGACCUCUAUUUUUACAACCUUUCCAGUGCCUUCCUCCUGUUGCAAUGGUUUGGUUGGAGGUCUUCUUUACACCAUUUAUUACUUUAUCUUCCCUAAUAAUGCAUUGGGCCCCUUUAUUGCUUGGAAACAUUUGCUCAAGGCGGCAACUAACCUUUUCACUAAUUUGUUGUUUGCCUUUCUAAUUCUACAAUUAUCUAAACAGUUCAGAAUACUGUACGAUCAGACUUUUUCUAUAUUUUACAAAAUAAUAAACUUGGGACUGUGGCUCAAGUAGGCCUUACAAAAAUGCCCCUGAUUAAAAUGCUUAUAGCAUAGUACAGAAUAGCCUUUAUUGUCAUGUGCACUCAAAUGAGUGCAGUGAAAAGUUUGUAAUGUCACCACUUUAGGUACUGGGUACCUAGGUUAUAUGUUCAGAAUUGCUUGUUUACAGAAAUCUGAUUAACUUCUGUAACGUUUCUUCCUACGGAGAAUUUCAUCUUAUCCAGUAUGUCUAUAUAGAGACUACUAGUCUAGCUGUGAACAUCUGCUGUAUGUAACUGUCAGACUCUUUUGGCCAUCUUGUGUUCACUGAAAAAGCCCAAGCGGCCAUCUUAUUAACUUUAGUCCUGGGCUGCUACAAAACUUAUUAUGUCCCCUAAUGAACAGCUUUUCUUUGUCAAAUUUUUCUAAACCUGUCAGAAUCUGACUUCUAUCAGAUAGCCCCUCAAGUUCACUUCAGGGGCUAGGAAUAGUGCAGCAAGUAACUCACUGUCUAACUGCCUAGAGCCUGUCCACCAUCACAAGGCACAAGUCAGGAAUGUGAUGGAAUACUCCCCACUUGCCUGGAUUAGUGUAACUCAACAACAUGAAAGAAGCAGCAAGGACAAAAGUGCCUGUCUGAUUAGCACCACAUCCAUAAACACUCACUCCCUCCACCACUAACACUCAGUAGCAACAGUGUGUACCAUCUACAAGAUGACCUGCAGAAAUUUAACAAGGCUCCUUAACAGCUUCCAAACCCACAACCAAAGACCCACAACCCACAACAAGCAAAACUAAAGAACUGAUCAUGACUUCAGAAAAAAAGGAGUAGAACAUGCUUCCAUCUACAUUAAUGGAACUGAGGUUGAGAGGGUGGAGAGCAUCAAGUUCCUCAGAAUGACGAUAACCAACAACCCAUCCUGGACUUCCCAUGUAGAUGUGACGGUCAAGAAGGGACAAAACACCUCUUCUCCCUCAGGUGGCUCAGGGAACUUGGCAUGUCCAUAAGGACCGCAACCAACUUCUACAGAUGCACCGUAGAAAGCAUAUCAUCCGGGUGCAUAACAGCCUGAUAUGGCAACUGCUCUGCCCAGGAUUGUAAGAAACUACAGAAGGUGGCAUGCACAGUCCAGACCAUCAUGGAAGCCAACCUACCAUUCAUGGACUCCAUUUAUAUGGCUCGCUGCAACAGAAAGGCUGCCAACAUCAUCAAAGACUCUUCGCACCUCGGUAAUGAUCUACAACCUCUUCCAUCGGGCAGAAGACACAGAAGCCUGAACACACACACACCAAAAGUUUCAGGAACUGCUUCUUCCCAGCCGUUAUUAGACUGAUUAAUGGACUCUCUCGUCUCAAAUAAUGCUGAUUCUGCUAAUGUUGAUCUCGCCUAGUGCACGCCCUGUGCAAUGUAACCUGUUUGCCUCUGUCUGAGUUUUUUUGAUCUGUACAUUCUUGCUUGCUAUGAUCAGCCUGUACUGCUCGUAAACAAAGCUUUUCACUGUACUUCGGUACACGUGACAAUAAAUCAAUCAAUUCCAUCUAGAAGGACAAUGGCAGCAGAUAUGCGGGAAUAACAGGCCUGGCAAGUUCCCCUACAAGAUACUCACCAUCCUGACGUGGAACUAUAUCGCUGUUCCUUCAGUGUCACAAUCCUGGAAUUCUGUCCCUGAUGGCAUUGUGGGUCAACUCACAGCAUGUGGACUGCAGCGGUUCAAAAAGGCAGCUUACUACCACCUUUUGAAGGAAUGGACCAUAGGCACCCACAUCCUGAGUGAAUAAAAACUUGUUUCAAGGA